CCACCCACCACGACCACAACCGGCAGCACAGACCAGCCAUGGGGGGGUACUGUCUCAACAAAGCGUGCGCUUGGGGAGCCAAAGGCAAGCCGUCCAUGAUGAAGACAUCUGGCUUUUGCGUUUUGUGCCAAGACGCCAACGCCACGGCAGCGCUGACUGGCCACAAACGCGGGGCGGUGCUGCGCGAGCUGGCCGCGCACGCCAGCCUGAAGCAGGAGGAGUGGAUGGCGCAGCUUUACCACGACGAAGCCGCUUCCUGGCGCGCGGACCUCAGGGCGGACGCCCCUCCUCCUGAACGCUCGCGCUCUGCGCGGCGCAGCGAGCCCGACGGCAGCGGGCGCCAGCGCCCAGAGGAGGCUGCCACGACGGGGGCCACUGGGGGCGAGGGCGCGCAGGACAGCAACAAGACGCCGCGGCCGCGCGAGGCGCCCGCGCCGAGGGGCACCGAGGGGGGCUCUCCCGCGGACGACAGGCCGCAGCCAGCAGACAGCGAGCCCAGCGCCGGCGACGCGCGCGCUCUCCACGAGCUGGCCAGCCGCCCGCCGCCGCAGCUGCGCAGGAUGCUGGACCAGGGGCAGCGCAGGCUCUGCUCCCUGCGCGCGGCGUCCGCGGCGGUGUCCUCUUGCAUGGCGGCGAAGUACGACGUGUUUUUUGACGUCACACGCGUGUACUCCCAGGCCCUCGGCAAGUCGGACUUGGACGCGGCUUGGCCUGACGCCGUCCAACAGGCGCCAGUGCCGCUGCGGUUGCAGACGCUCGACCGCGUCUUCGAGCUCGGCUUCGACGCCCGCCUCACGACGGACUUCCGGAGCGCGGGUUGGGCGGUCGAGAAAGUGGUUGGGUGGAACCCAAGUGCAGCGAUGGCGAAGAUGGGGCCGCCUCCCGCGGGCGGCGAGCCCUCCCCGACGCACGCGAUGUCGGCCGUGCGUUGGGAUGUUUCAACAAGCACAAUCCGGCGCUGGAACUCGUGGGGAGCGCCAGCUAAUCCGUUUCCUUCGGUUGACAAGUUCGCUUUUUGCGCUUUCUUUGUAGAUCCUAUUAUAUUCAUACGCGCGCCCCCGCCGCGGAGCAAGAGAGCGGGCGACGCCCCUGCGACCCGGGAGCCCCCGAAGCCUCCAGAGAUUUCCGAGUGGCACCGCCCGUUGCCGAGGUGGCAGGAAUGCCGCCACAUGUUGCCGAGAGAGAAGGUGCUGCGCGAGGCAGCGCCUGGGUCUGCUGCGCCCCGAUGGCACGUGUACUCUUUUGGUUUUUGGUUCUCAGCGAGGCCAAAGGCGCCGCCACAGAGACCGUUUUUUCUAUCUCUGCUCGCCUAAGGCGCUCUGCGAUUGGAAAAACCACCGCGAGCGCUGCUGGCUACGGGGCGGCAACGAGG